UGCGCCCCCAUCUUCUUUGUCCUCUUCUGCUGUGCUUCAUUUUUCGUCUCCCCUUUCUUCUCUCUUCCUCCACGACACUUCCAGUCGCCAACUCGCCUUACUCGCGCCAUCCCUCCUACGUCGCCAUCGUCCUGCUUCCAGACUCCACCGCGGCUCCGUCCGCUGUUGCCGGGGACGCCAAAAUCCAACGCCCGCUGCCCGCCGUGCCAAGCUUUACACCGGGCCUCCAUUUCCUGUACCUCUCCGAGGCCCCGAGGCUCAAAGCUCGACAUGCCUCGUUCGACCUGCUCCGCGCGCAUUUUCUCGGGGUCAAUCCAGGAUCUUCCACCUACCAAUCCCCAUCACCCAUGGCGUCUCCGCAAUCCGCCUGGCCCAGCCAUCCCGGAACUCGAAGGCCAGACAAACAAGACGCAAGCCAUUUUCAAUCCUCGCCAGCGCCUCGCAACUCGGCUCCAACCCGACCAUGGCGUCCCUAACAAAACCCAGUGUAGCGAAUCACCACUUCCAUUACUAAACGCUGCCUCCGCACCGUCUCGCCCUCCCCCAGUCUAGGUCCCACAACCCGGUUUCCCCCAAGGCCGCUUGACGUCCCUUGAUCCACUUCACAUAGCAUUUUACCCGCAAAAACACGCGACCACCCUCUCGUCCUCCACUGACAUUAAGUAGCCAGCUCCUAAUCAGCGUGAUCCUCUCUUUUCUUGUUGUCGCCCGUCGAUCUUCCCGUCGCGACCUUCACUCGAUCUUUCCGUCCGGCCCCCCUCGACGAGCCGG